GGUGGAAGCGUGAGGAUGAGGAAGGGGCGAGGGAAGGGACAGGGGAAGGGACCGGGACAAAGGAAGGGAACGGGGCUGAGACCGGGACAUGGGAAACAACAGGGAGCAGCCCCAAGGAAGGGCCCGGCUGCUGCCACAGCACGGGGCAGGAAGGAGAAAGCCUUGUCCAACAUGAAACCCAAACACCCCGACGAGCAGGAGAUCCCAUUCCGCCUACGGGAGCUGAUGCGGAGCCGUGAGGCCAUGAAACAGCCCAAGGCCCGGGCAAAGCGGGCAGCAGACAAGCCACAGCGUCCCCAAGGGAUGAAGGCACACGAGGACAUCCCUGUGCCCAAGUUCCGUCAGCGCAGAGGGGAGUCGGAGCGUUCCUACUUGUGUCGCAUGGAGCGGGAGGUGCAGCAUGUGAUGGUCCUCAGCAAGAACCAGGUGCAGAGGGAGCCUGAGAAGGAGGAAACAGCACCACCAAAGUCUCAGAGGAAGAAAGAGUUUCAGAACAAAAAGCUGAACAAACUGCGGAAGAAGAAGGAGGAGAAGAAAGAGGCUUUGCUGGAGAAGAGCCUGUUCCAAGACCCGGUGGCAUUCGGUGAAGUUGUGACAGAGCCGCCCACCAUCACCUCCCGGCCCCGCAGCGGGGGUCCCACCGAGAAGGCCGGUCGGAAGCGGCUCCUGCUGACACCUCACCUGGGCUCAAGCCGGGCAGCCUCCACUGUACCAGUAUCAAUGGCUCGACAACGCAUCGUGCAGGAGGAACGAGUGCGUGUCAUCCAGGCCUACAGGGACAUCCAGAGGUGCAAACAGCAGCAGCGGGAUGCAGAACGGGGAAGGACGCAGCCUAGCAGCAGGGUACCAGGCUGAGUCCACAUCCCACUGAGGGGACACAGCCCCCAGACCCCCGUGUGGAGCAGCAUUAGGGUUACGCUGCCCUUGGGACAGUCAGCUGGGUGCACCGGGGACACAGAACCCAGGGACUCAGUGGGGACUGUUGUCCUGUUCUGACUUUGCUGCCAGUACAGAGACCUGCACCCUUCCCAGCACCUCGGAGUGGGGCAUCCCACAGCCUAUAUGGAGCCACAGAUCUGUUUGUAGUAAAAGUAAUGAUAAAUGCUG